AUGGCCGACGAACGUCGGAAGCAGGUGCUGAUAUCCCGUCGCACCACGUUGCUCGCCUCGCUAGGUCGUGCGGAGCAAUUCAUGACGCAAUACCAGGAGGAACGGGACAAGCUCGAGGUGGAUUUGCGGUUGGAAAACCUGGACGUGCUCUGGCAGGGGUUGGAAGAAGCUCAAACCGAAUUAGAGGACACAGAGGAGGAAAAUGAAGGCAUGGUGAGAAAUUUGACGUACCGCUCUAACUUCGAAUCGCAACUCUUCAAAAUAAAAGCUUUUCUACGCUCUAAACUUCCGGCUCCUAUUUCUAUGCAAGCUAAUCUCCCUCAAAUUACCGCUACUGGGGCUCCUUCCACUCUAAAGGGUCUAAAACUGCCUACUAUCUCAUUGCCUGAGUUUUCCGGGGACUAUAAAGACUGGCUAGCUUUUCACGAUACGUUUUUGGCGCUAAUUCAUACGAAUUUGGAGGUGGCAGACAUCCAAAAAUUUCAUUAUUUACGAGCUGCUGUUAAGGGUGAAGCCGCUCAGCUCAUCGAGUCGAUUGGGAUCAGUGCGGCCAAUUACCAGCUGGCAUGGGAUGCUCUUGUCAACCGUUAUGCGAACGAAUACCUGCUUAGGAAACGUCAUGUACAAGCUUUGUUGGACUGUCCGACGAUGAAGCGAGAGUCUGCAUCCGCCCUGCAUGCAAUAGUUGACGAUUUUGAAAGGCAUGUGAAAAUUCUUGGUCAACUAGGUGAACCGGUGGAGGCAUGGAGCACCAUGCUGGAGCACAUCUUGUGUACACGGUUGCAUGAUGACACUUUGAAAGCGUGGGAAGACUAUGCGUCCACUUUGGAUACUGUUACCUACAAGCACCUUGUCGAAUUCCUACAGCGUCGUAUGCGGGUCCUCGAAUCGAUUUCCGUCAAUCAGCACCAUCAACCAGAGCCAGCGCAGCCCCCAGCCUCUUUCUCCAAAAGGUCAUUCCCGAUGAAAGUUUCUUCCCAUGCUGCCGUCGAAAGUCCUUCCCUGAAAUGCUAUGCUUGCGAUCAACGUCAUCUGUUAAUCAAGUGCUACAAAUUCGAAAAGUUGCCGAUCUCCGAGAAAAUGAGUCUCAUUAAUUCCAAACGCCUUUGCCUCAAUUGCUUCCGCAACGAUCACCUCGCGCGAAACUGCAAUUCCAAGUACAGUUGUAAAGUUUGUCAGAAACGUCAUCAUUCGCUCAUCCACGCCGCCUAUGUAGACCAUUCCAACCAUGCUGCUACUCCGUCUUCGUCGAGCGCUUCCACAUCUUCUGUGCAAACCAACGUAGCUACCACCGAAUCAGUUCCUCUAGUAUCAGCUUCCACGAUAGCAGAACCCGAAAAUCAAGUGUGCAGUGUGCCGAUGCAAGGUUGUGGAAGAAACGUCUUCAUGCUGACAGUAGUUCUGAAAGUCGUCGAUUGUUAUGGUCAGGAACAUCUGGCGAGAGCAUUGUUGGAUUGUGCAUCGCAGCCGAACAUCAUCUCCGAAAACAUGGCGCAGAUAUUACGUUUGCCAAGAAGUAAGGUGAAUGUUUUGAUCCAUGGGGUGGGUGAAAAACCGCAACAAGCUCGGAAUUCGGUUCGAACUCAGAUUCGCUCCCGAAAAGAAGAAUUCGCUAUCAACGUCGAUUUUCUGGUCCUCAAAAGUGUCAUUCCAAAACUUCCCACACGAUGUAUCAGUUGA